CUCUCGUCUCCUCUCAACAUGGCCUACAGCUGCUGCUCUGGAAACUUCUCCUCCCGCUCCCUUAGGAGCUGCCUGCCCUCCUCAGGAUCCUGCCUUGCCUCUUCCUACCCCAGCAACCUGGUCUACACCACUACCAGCUGCUCUCCCAGCACCUGCCAGCUUGGAUCCUCUCUGAACAGUGGCUGCCAGGAGACCUGCGUCGAGCCCACCAGCUGCCAGAGGUCCUCUGUGGUGUCCAGCCCCUGCCAGAAGCCCUGCUACUACCCCAGGAGCUACACACCCUGCAGUCCCUGCCAGGGGACAUAUGCUGGCUCGCUGAGCUUUGGGUCCAGAAGCUGCAGUUCCCUGGGUUAUGGAUCUAGAAUCUGCUACCCAAUGAGCUAUGGAAAUUGUGGCUUCAGAUCCCUGAAUUGUGGAGUCUAUGGCUUCCCUUCCCUGAGUUAUGGGUCCAGAUAUUGCUAUCCAACCUACUUGGCUUCUCGUUCCUGCCAACCUUGUUACCGACCAAUCUGUGGGUCAGGCCUCUAUGGAAUCAGCUGUUAA